AUGCCUCUUCGUAUAAAAAAUGUUCCGAUGGGUAAAGCAUCAAUAGAUGGUAUCUUAUGCAGCACAGGUGCUUAUUCAUGUAUUAUCGUUGUUAUUUUAUUAGAAAAUAAACAAGUUUUUAUCAAUCACGUAGAUUCAAAUAGUUUUAAUCUCGAAGGAUCUGAUAUUUCAAUUGAAAUUCAAAGAUUCGUGAGAGAUACUAUGUUUAAAUUAUCUCAACUCAAUACAAAUGGUUUAUUAAUGGAAAAAAUUUACAUGAUUGGUGGUGCAGAUCAACCUGAUUAUGGAAGAUUUCAUGAUACAUUAAAUCAAAUGAAACAAAAUCAUUCUUUAUUAACACCAAUGUUUAAUGAUUUAACUAUCGAUGAUUUAAGAAAUUUUAUUAAUUUGAUUGAAUAUUCAAACUUAAAGAUAAAUUUAUCAGGAGGAGAUUUAGACGCAAAACGUGGUACAGCAUUUAUAUCAGAUAUUACUGUUAUUAUAGAUCGAAAAACUACAUCAAAUUGUUUUUUUUCUAUGGUUCAAUAUUAUGGACGAGAGAAAGAGCUCAAUGGUGAUAAACGAAAAUUUGAACCACAAUUAAUGUUUUUAUACAACUUUGAUGAGAAAUAUUGGAGUUUAAUCGAUAAUCGUACACCAGGAUUUCAGUCUAGUCAUAUAGACAAGCUGUUCACUCAGUUUAAUCAAUUGACGACUGAAGAUGUACAAGAAUUAAGAAAUACGAUCAAUCAUUAUUUACAAUCGAUUAAACAAUAA